GGCAAGAACUUCAAGAACGAAGUAUGGGUAAUGCAAAAAAACUCAAGCUUGAUAUCACAAUUCCAUCUCAAGAGAUGGCAAGCCUCACUACCACUCCAACUUAUUCAUACGAUAAUGUUAUCGGGAUCUUGCAAAGAUUAUAUUGGAAAAAGUGA